UUAUCUCAAAACCAUUUUUCCAAUUCAAAUCCACAAUUUCAAAAAUCAAAAUUCACUAUCUGCACAAAUCAUAUCUUUCUCUUCACAAUCUCUCUUCCUUCUUCAAAAAUAAAAAUAAAAACCCAAUUUUUUUUUUUUUUUAAAUCUUUUUCUGAAAACAUUGGUUAGGCUCUGUUUCUGCUAGUUUCAGCUCUCUAAUCUCUAAAAUUAAGCUAAAGCUUUGAGUUUUUGCAGAUUAAAUCUCACUGUAAGACUCCUCAUCUAGUCCCUACUUAGCUUUUCAAAACUCAAAGCUUUCAAUUUUUUUUUCCUUCCUUUUCUGGGUUUUAAAUUUUAAGCUUGUUUUAGUUACAGUAUUUUGAUUUUUCAUGUUUAUUUUUUUUUAAAAAAAAUUGAACUUUGUUUUUAGAUGAUUUUGAGCUGAAAAUCAAAAUGGGUUUUUAGUAAAAUCUUUAAAAAGAAAAAUAAAAUCCAUAGGGUUUAAGCAUGGAAGCAAGAGAAACUGUGAGUAGUAGCAGUGUAGGUGGGGUUACAGUGGUGGGAUCCGAUGUGCCAUCGGACUAUCAAAUCGCUCCGAGGUCUGCCGACAACCCUGGCUCCGCCCCUGGAUCAGCUCCGCCUCCGCCACCGGCGGUGGUUCAUCCGCCAUCAACGGCGGCGUCGAUGCCUUUGAAGAAGAAGCGAGGAAGGCCAAGAAAGUAUGGUCCUGAUGGCAGCGUCACGAUGGCGUUGUCUCCAAAGCCGAUAUCCUCGGCAGCUCCGGCACUGCCUCCGGUGAUCGAUUUCUCUGCUGAGAAACAAAGGAAAAUAAAGCCGGUGAGCAAGGCCAAGUACGUGCUGGAGAAUUUAGGUGAAUGGGUUGCAUGCUCUGUUGGUGCUAAUUUUACUCCCCAUAUCAUAACUGUUAAUGCUGGCGAGGAUGUUACAAUGAAGAUCAUAUCAUUUUCUCAACAAGGACCUCGAGCUAUAUGCAUUCUCUCUGCAAAUGGUGUGAUCUCAAGUGUUACACUUCGUCAGCCUGAUUCCUCUGGGGGCACACUAACAUAUGAGGGUCGUUUUGAGAUACUGUCUUUAUCUGGUUCGUUCAUGCCAACUGAAAGUGGAGGAACUCGGAGUCGAUCUGGUGGGAUGAGUGUGUCAUUGGCAAGUCCAGAUGGACGUGUUGUAGGUGGUGGAGUUGCAGGUCUGUUGGUAGCUGCAAGUCCUGUGCAGGUUGUAGUAGGCAGUUUUCUGGCAGGGAACCAGCAUGAGCAGAAACCAAAGAAGCAGAAACCUGACUCAAUAUCAACUGUCGUCUCACCAACUGUUGCUGUUCCUAUUUCUACUGCUGAUCCGAAACCAAACCUUUCAUCUCCAACAUUCCGUGGAGAUAAUUGGUCUCCUUUGCCAUCAGACUCGAAAAAUAAGCCAACUGACAUUAAUGUGUCUUUGCCAGCAGGUUAACCUGAUUCACCUUAUCGGUGCAUUAAUCGGUUGGUCACUGACGACAAGGCUAUCAAAUUCCACUCGUAGAAACUCACCUUCAUGUAUUGUCUGUAGAACCUAUUGAAAAUGUCAGUACUGGCACUUUUAUUUUACCCUCUUUGUUUUCGGGUAGAUUUUUAGUUAGCCACUUAGGUAGGCUCUUGCUGCUGUUGUGUCAUGUAGAAUAUUUGAUGUAAUUCACAUUUCACGCCUAGAGUUACCUUGAGAGUUGUGGAUUGUGUCUGAAAAAUGUUCUAACAUUUCUUCUUUUUUGCAUUAUUUUCUACUUUCCUAUUUGUAGGAUCCUUUCUGGGGUUCUAAUUUGAGAGAAUUUUUGUUUUCUGAUCAUUUCAGUUAUGUUAAUUUCUUCUUUGGUUAAA